GGACCAGAAGAUGAGGCGCACUCGUCAAGCGACGACAUCUCGUCGAAGGCCGAAGGCAACUGGCCAUGGGCACAUUUGGAAGAACCACCUCAUAUCCGUUCCGAUGUUGAUUGCGAUCGGCACCAUGCCAGAGAGUUCGCCAAGGUGCUUACCAAUGACCUUGUUCCAAACUUGCUCAAGUUCAAAGCAUCUGUCGAAGUGGAUGAAGCGAUCCAAGAAUUUGCUUCCAACAUCUGUCAGCAGAACAGUCUCAACUAUUCGGAUUACGAGUACAAUCUGACGGCGUUGAACGCUGACGGUAUAUAUCUGGCGACGUAUUCGGCCUUGCUGUUAGCCCUACAGCUCAUGAAGGCUGGACACUAUGACGAAAACCAUGAUCCGAUACUGAUUCCACUAUCCGAACAACAGUUCGUAACAUCCGUCCAAAACGCCGGAGUACUGGUCUACCUUAGCUCUGCCUGGCUUCGAGAACUGUAUCAAUGCGUUCUGGCUACAAACCCCAUUGCAACCCUAAAAGUUGUUGAAAACACCGAUGGAUCACACUGCGCCCUCGUGGACAUGCUAUACGAUGCCGGAGGAAUUGGACCAACCCAAAUGCUUUCGGAUUGGCAACGACUCCAGUCCGUAGUUAGAGUCCAGAGUGAGCCCAAUGCAAAGCAGUUGGCAGCAAGGAAGUUGGCUCGACGACUUCUUACAUGCUGCUGGGACUCGAUGGUUACCGUCUUGACGGCAGGAUUAGGUGAGGUCGACGACUCCCGCACAGCUCGACUCAUGAAGCUCUCCAAGAAAACUCUCCGAGUCAAAAAGAAAUCCCGUUGCGCAGGGGAAGCCCUCUACGCCCUCAGCUUGGAAGGUCUUCACGCAGCCGCUACCCUCAGCAACUCCCUAAACCUUCAACAUUUGGCCGGGAAAAUCCUCAAUCUAAUCGCGACCAACGUGUGUCAGAAUUCGGGACCCAAGAUCCCUGCCAGUCAGGCUCUGUCGAUGGAUGUUGUCCUUUCGGGUGGACUGGAGCUGGGAUCCCAUUCGGCCGAUUGCUGGCUGCCGGUGUUUUCCGUUUGUCGACAUGUGACCCAGCUGGAGCAUGACCUGUUCAGUUCUCAGAACGCAGCCAUGAGCAAUGCUUCGAGUGUUGCCAAUAAUGGAAAGGAAUCCGAUUCACCGAGUAAAUCCAACUCGCUAACCGAUAAGCUGAACCUCUCAGCGUACCCGAUCGAUGAGGAUGAAACAUGUGUGGAUGUUUACAGCUUCCUGCAGGCGCCGCUUCCUAACUCGAACGCCAAUGUAGCCACCAUAUUGAAAACCUACUCGGGCAACGACGCAGUCAACCUGUCCCAGGCGGACACCGCUAAGAUGUUGUGCGCCCUCUCGCACCAGGCCGAUGACCUUUUCUCGAAUGCCGCCGAGAGGUUGAGCCUACCCGCACUGCUACAAUUUCUUAAGGGCUUGUGCCGAGCCUCGCGGGAGCAACUCUACCGGAACUCUUCCUCCAAGAAGGGGAAAAAGUCAUGGUGGUUAGGUCGUCCCUGGAAGGUGAAGAACGAUUCGCUCCCACUGUCGCUGCUGCUUCAUAGGGUUGGAGAUGUGACGUUGAAGGUUUUCCGGGGUCCCCGACCCUUGCUGCACAUUUUGAAAGUUUGGGCCAUCACUGGACCGCACUUGAUGGAUGCCGCUUGCCACAAAGAUCGGACGAUCUCGAAGAGAGCGAUCGAAUACAUUCACGACAUCAUAACGGCACUGCUGGUGGAACAAUCGGAGCUGCCGCACUUCCACUUUAACGAGGCGCUGCUCAAGCCGUUCGAGAAUCUUCUGAGCAUGGAUUCGUGUGACGUGGAUGUGCAGGAUCAGAUCGUGGGUUGUUUGUACGAGAUUGUUGAAGCUCAUAGAACAGAGAUUCGAUCAGGUUGGCGACCUCUGUUUGGAACACUGAGAACCGCUCGGAAUCGAUCGGUUCAUCUUUCGAAUAUCAUUGACAUUUUCCACGUGUUCCUGGAAACGGAUAACACAUUGGUGUUUGCAAAUGCUGGGCUCGAUUGCAUACUUUGUCUGCUUUCGUAUCUGGAGAUAUCUGGAAGUGGAGGUCAACUAGGGGGAUCAACGCUUUCGUCCGAAGGCACCACAAACGAUGACAAUAACAUAAGGUCCAGUGAUUUUUUAUAUGACGCGCUCAAGUUCCUGGAGCGCUGUUCGUCCAUUCUUAGCUUCAUGUAUAACAUGCCCCAGUGUCCAAAUCUGCAUUCGACCUACAAGAUCAAGGGGAUAACGUACACUCACAUAAUCGAUGCCAACAUACCGAAUUCGAUGGAGAACUUCACCUACUUUGGGCAGGAUUAUCUGCAGAGUAGCAACGAGCAGUACAUGAUCAGCUACCGAUCGUUGCACAUUGACAAGGAAACGAUCACGAAGAUUGACGAGCUGGAUAAGCCGAGUGGGGUUUUGAAGGUGUGGUUCCUGCUACUGGAUGGGCUGACGAACUCGUUGAUCGUGUGUCCAAUCGCGCAUCAAUCGCCAAUACUGCAGUCGAUUUUUAAACUGUUCAAAUCGUUGCUGGUGAAUCCGGGAAUUGAGUUCGGGUUUUACUGCAUCAAUCACCUGUUGAUCCCGAUGAUCCAGGAUUGGCUGCGAUACGUAAACAAAGCGCAAAAGAACUGGUCCUUGAUUGAGAAAAACUUCAAACAUUGCUGCUGCAUGACUACGGAUUUGGUGGUGGAGUUUAUCGAGAAGUCACAAACGGCAGGGCUGGAGGAUCGAGUUGUGAUCGGAAGUGAGCAGCAAAACAGCUAUCAGCAGAGUGUGAAGAAGACCAAGUUGACGACCAUCGUGAGGCCGGUAGACAAUUUGAAGUACAGCAAGAUGAGGAAGAUGGCGUCGUCGCAGGAUGAUCAGCUGCCGCCGAGUUUCAGCUGGAAGAAGGAGGAGGAAACGUCUACGGCUACCAAGAUACCGACGGCUGCAAUUUUAGCGUUGAAGCAGCUACUCUUGGUGUUGAUCGAGUGUUCGGCUCAGUCACAGGAGACGAUCGCGAGAGUUGGGGUGAGCUGCAUGAAGCAUAUAAUUUUUUCGACGGGGCACAUUUUCAACGAGGAUCAGUGGAUGGUUAUUACUUCGGCGAUUCAUAGGGCCAGCACCGUUACGAUGGCCCCGUUGAGGCAGUUGAUCUUCGCGUUCAACGAGAAUUCCAAUAGCUUCUAUGGGGACUGCGCGAAUGUUAAGGUGGCUGCGAGACGGGAUAGUACGCUGGAUGAGCUGCAGCGGGUGCAUUCGCUGGCUCAGCAGGUGUUCUUGAUGGAUAAUCAGCGGGACGUGUUGAGUUCCAAGAUCAAUGGUAAUGUUGGGGGAGUUGGGAAUGGAAGUUCAGGGGGGAUGAGCACGGAUGAUCGGUCUUACUCUUUCCUGCUGUAUCCGUUGAAUUGUAAUACUAAUAUGACGCAGUCGUGCUCGGUAACAGGUGGAGGUAUAAGUGCUUCUUUGCAAGGUAAUGGACUCAAUUUGGACAGUUAUAUCAUAAGGAUACCGUAUCGGAACUUAGUAGUGGGGCUGCUGGCCAGUCAGAUGCUGUUGCAGCUGAUCGCGAAUAUCCUGUUGAACGGACUGACUAAUGUCCCGAAUGAGCUUAAUUCGUGCAUGUACAAUGGGGGUGAUACCUCGGGGAGUGGAACUUCCAAGGUUUUGUUCCAGCUGGGAUAUCGCAGCAAGGAGGUCCUGCUGAGGAGUUUGAAGCAGUUUCUUGUUUGUUCGUUGGAUUUUGAUCAACGACCUGGUUUAAAGUUCUUGAUCCAGAAGGUUUCAAACAUUGAUAAUGCAGCUAACCUCUACAAACAAAUGACUUCUUCGUGGAUCAUCAACUAUAUGACGCUGGUGGAUGUGUACAUCAACAAUAUUCGGGCGUACGACUUGAACGAAGAUGACAUCAAGUACAUUCUGGAUUCGUGUAACCACAUGACCGCAGCCAGUCAACAAUGGAAGAAGAAUGAGAACUUCGUUCACUACUUGCUAGCUCUGAGGGAUUUGUGGGACUUGAUCGCGGAGCAUUUUAUUCAUAAUUUGGACCGAAACGGUAACGAUGGUCUACCUAUUACGCACAUUGUAGAGAAUAAGAUGGAGAAAUAUGAGCGUUUCGACGACAAGCUAGACUGUUCAGGUGGUGAAGAUGAUCAAACAAGCCCUAAGGGAUCCCCUAAAGCGAUGUCCCCCUAUCACGACGAAGCUCAAGAAUCGGAACCCGAGUCACCGUCCAAAAGUGAUGAAGAAAGUGUCUCCGUAUCGACAAUCGUUGGAGGAGGUCAGCUACGCAAGAACCCCUUCAACAUUUCUGCGAACCAGCAGCAGCACAUCCAGCAUCAGCAACAACUGCAGCAUCAGCAGCAACAGCAACAAUCGAUUUCGCCGGAAAUCGAACAGCAACGCACGAUCAGCAUCCAGAAGGACUCACUCUGCAAACGCUCGUCCAUGAAACAGCUUAUCGUGGCAUCGAUGGAGCUGCUCAAGUUGCUCCCCGAGGACCAAUCCGAACUGCUUAAACUUUUGCUAACACCCCGCAUCCGUGAAGCCUUCCGCGCAGUUCAGGAACAGGGCAACGGCCUGGCCAUGGAGUAGUAGAUACUCGACGCCGACGACUAUCGUUGACCUAGUAUGUCUUAGAUGUUUUUCAGUUUCCCGCUGCGCGGGUCACCCUGUACGUAAUCCUUCGACUCUCGAACUAACACAUAUGCAAAUUUACAUUUCGAUGGAAGAAUCAUGAUAUAAUCGACUAGACUGAAAUCGUUUAACAAAAAAUAUAUAUAUCGCAAAUUUACAGACAAUGCAAAACUCCUGAAUUGAAGUUGAAUGGCAGAUCAUGGAAAUCCAUAUUUUGAUGAUAUAUAGCUUUACAUGAUUUUUACAUUUAAGCGUGAAACAAGAAAUCAUAUAUAUCUAUAUAUAUACAUACAUAUUUAAGCCCACGAACAAAAAAAAACUUGUAACUGUUGAUAUACGCUAAGGAAUUUACUGAAACAAAAAGUGAACGCUAUGUAACCUAUAUUAUAGAUCCUCAAGCCACGCCCUCCACACAGCAGCUGUGAAUAAAACACGCCACAAACACACUCAAACCCAUCCUCAUUGAAAAACGCUCAAGUCACCAACACACUGACAAAUGCUGCUGCGCAGCCUAAACAAACACGCUCACAAUACACUAAAAAGAACAGCCGCUUGCGCCAAUUGCACGACAAUUUCUCUUCUAUAAUCUACCUACAGAAAACAACAAACUGACAAACAGAAUCAAGCUUACCUUAUACGUUAUACCAAUCAUUUGUUGUCAUCGUUCAAUCAAAGUAAACCCCCUUCCGCGCCGUUGCUACGCAACCGCCACGUGGUUGGCUAAAAAGGGUGUUCCAACUAAAAACGUAAAAAAAACAUUCCCCACUUCAAAGUUUCACAUAUACACUCACACUACUGCUUGCAAAACUUUAAACAGCAAAAUAAUAAUAAAAAAAAAAACAAACUACUUACACACUGCUUUCGGAUUGAUUCAUAUAUUCCAAUGGUUGCAAAGCAAAACUGUCGCUUUCCGUCUAACUAUCUCUGGCUACUGCAAGUAUUUAACCACUAACUUUCACCAACUAUAUACUCGAAAUCGCUCGAACAGCUUUCUCUUGAAUUGAAUAUCAAUCGAUUAAUACCUUUUUAUAAAAAAAAACUCGACACUGCGACAAAUUUACCGCGUCAGAUGCUCGAGUUGUUGAGGGAGUUGUUUUUUUAUUUCACUUCUUAAACAAAAAGUCAAACAAAAAAUCAACACAAUAAAACGGAAAACGGAAGUAUUAAAACAGAAUCUACAGUUCACGUCAAAUCAAUAAUAGUUACAUUAUAGUCGAUGUUUACCCUUGAUCUUUUUCUUCUUCUAUUUCCGUUCGUUGGUUCGUUCUCAUUCGUUUGCUGUUUGACCAAUCAAUUAAACAAAGUAUUUACUCAUUACAACUUAAAAAAAAAUACAAACCAUUGGUUUCUUUAAAAAAAAACAAACCGAUCAAAUUGAAAAAAAAACGUUUUUUGUCUCCCGUCGAAUGAAAAACAAUUGUGUAACCAAAUUCGUUUAAAGGCGGCAUGGAACAUUAACUUAAAACCAGUAUGAUAAGCAAAACCAUUUAAAAUAACGAGACAGCAGUUAGACCGUCAACCAAAUACAAACAAAACAAAAUGGAAACAAAAAAGUAUUUACCGGAGCAAAACAAAAGGAAAACCGAAUAUAACAAAAAAAAAACAAUACUAUAAACCAGAACAGGAACAGAACCGUUACAUGGACUAGUGAACUAGGUGGGAUACGGAGAAGGGGUGCCAGGCAAACAAUAAGCAGUUAAAAUAAAAUACAUUCUAUAUAUAUUUGUGCAACAA